AAUUUGACAAUGAAGAGACCUUUCCGGAAGGUUGGUGGGAACCAGAAGGAGGGCCAAGGGAGUGGUCCAAACCAGGUCUGGGUGGAUUGAAAGUUCAGUGGAGCGUGAAAGGACCGAGACAAGAAAACUCACUACGUGUCCUCCUCCCUUGUUCCACAAUGAGUGCCAAAUCUACCAUCAGCAAGGAGAUUUUUGCACCGCUGGACGAAAGGAUGCUGGGAGCUGUCCAAGUCAAGAGGAGGACGAAGAAAAAAAUCCCUUUCCUAGCGACUGGGGGUCAAGGCGAAUAUCUAACGUAUAUCUGCCUGUCAGUGACAAACAAGAAGCCAACCCAAGCAUCCAUCACGAAGGUCAAACAGUUUGAAGGCUCCACGUCCUUCGUUCGGAGAUCGCAGUGGAUGCUCGAGCAGCUCCGCCAGGUUAAUGGCAUCGAUCCUAAUCGGGAUUCUGCAGAGUUUGAUCUGUUGUUUGAAAAUGCUUUUGACCAGUGGGUAGCCAGCACAGCCUCAGAAAAAUGCACCUUCUUCCAGAUCCUGCACCACACCUGCCAGCGAUACCUCACAGACAGGAAGCCGGAAUUUAUUAACUGCCAGUCCAAAAUCAUGGGAGGAAACAGCAUCCUCCAUUCAGCUGCUGACAGUGUGACCAGCGCGGUACAGAAAGCGAGCCAGGCCUUGAACGAGCGUGGGGAGCGCUUAGGCCGAGCAGAAGAGAAGACGGAAGACAUGAAGAACAGCGCCCAGCAGUUUGCGGAAACUGCGCACAAGCUCGCCAUGAAGCACAAAUGUUGAACCCCUGCCCGUCCCGGGACCCCGCAGGGGAACGGAGGAGUUGGCUCGGCGGUUUUGACACGAAUCCUGGACCUCCACUCGCUUCUCUUCUCCCUGGAUGGACAUCGGUUGUCUCGGUUGCCCUUUUCAGAGGUCAAGAGGAAAGAAAAGAUGUUGCAGUGAUACAUUUCCCUCAUGACCCUACACAGCAAGGCUGCGAAAGCAUCCUCAGUUCACUUUUAGUUUUUUUUCCUCACUUGGGUAUAGGUGUGUGUGUUUGUAUGUUUUCCUUAAAAAAAAUGUUUUGUGAUAGUUUGAAUAUAAAUUUUGAGUCGAAUGAGCUGAGUCUAAGCUGGCAUCAUUUUGUUUGGUUUGGGGUUUUGUUUUGUUUUUUCCUGGUAUGAAGCAGGACAACAUUCCAGUGGGGCGGCGUAAGAUGUUCUUGUUUCUGGACGGAAAUGAAGUCAAGCAGUAAUUGGUUCCUCUCGGUCUCAUAGCUACGCUCACUCAUCCUGUGCCAGGGGAGCCGUCAGACGUAGCAAGGGACACGGCAGUCGUGGAUUUUGUUCUUGGCGUGGGCAUCUUCUGCCCGCGCCAUCACCAGCCUGCCAAAAUGCACUUCAGAACCACCACUGGAAUCUUCCUUCGGAGCCACCGCUCUCCAGCUCCCGUCGUGUCAAAGGCAACUGUGAGCGUGCGAAAGGCCCACACUUCCGUGGUUGUUUCCAAGCGGAUUCCUUGGAAAUGGAUGGGGAAUAAAAACUCGAGCUGAGAGACCCAAGCAGAAGCCUGCUUGCUGUAAAGCCUCUGUGUUUUUUUGGCUUUUUCUCUCUUUGGUCAUUGUACCCAAGGGCAGUAGCUGGUAUUGAAAAGAACUUGGAAUUUUAUCAAGAAUUGAUUUGGG